AUGCGAUCACUGUACAGUUUGAUUUCCAUUCUUUUCCUCUAUCUUUUAGCUUACAACAUUUUCAACAUCUUCUGCACCCAAAUCCCUGUUCCGGCCAAAUCUCCACCGGAGACCAACACUUUCUUAACAAAAAAUGUCGCCGGAAAAACCAAACCCCUUUCCUCUCCGCCUUUGGAACAAUCAUCAAAGCAAGAAAUCUCAAGCAAGAAAAAACCGCUUUUGCUUGAAGAUAAAAACUCUGUAAUGCCGGAAAACCGAAACACGGUUUACAGCCCGAAAAGAAGGAAAAAUCAAAGGCGCGCUUUGGAGAUUCUAAGGUCGUCCGAGGACGUCUCGAAAAACUUCGAAUCUCGAGUGUCCAACUUCUUCUUCGACGCCAACUCAUCAUCAUGCGAGCUCCGUUUCUUCAUGAUUUGGAUCUCCUCACUCGACUCCUUCACAAAUCGAUCCAUUUUCUCCAUCGAGAGUUUGUUCAAAGCACAUCCAAACGGGUGCCUAGUCAUCGUGUCCCGAUCAAUGGACACGAAAAAAGGCGCGCGAAUCCUCACUCCCUUCGCCGAAAAAGGCCUCAAAGUCACGGCAAUCUCGCCCGACUUCAACUACUUGUUCGGUAAAACCGCGGCCCGUGCGUGGUACAACAGUCUAAAGCACGGCAAGAUAAACCCCGGGCGCAUCUCCUUCGGCCAAAACCUCUCGAAUCUCGUCAGGCUAGCGGUGUUGUACCAUUUCGGGGGCGUUUAUCUCGACACUGAUGUGAUCGUCUUGAAGAGCUUCCGGAAGCUUAGGAACGUGAUCGGAGCGCAAGCUGUCGAGCGCGUCACGCGAAAAUGGAGCCGAUUGAACAAUGCCGUGAUGAUUUUCAAAAGGGGACAUCCGCUUCUUGUGAAAUUUAUCGAGGAAUUCGCGCGCACGUUCGAUGGGGACAAGUGGGGCCACAACGGGCCGUAUUUGGUUUCGAGAGUGGCUAUGAGGGCGAGUGGGGAUGUCGGUUGCGAUUUUACGGUUUUGCCCCCCGAGGCGUUGUAUCCGGUGGGUUGGAGGGAGAUCAGAGGGCUUUUCGAGGGGCCGAAGAACUCGAGUCAUUCGAAGUGGAUUGGUGGGAAGGUGAGAGAGAUUAGGAGGCAGAGUUUUGCAGUUCAUUUGUGGAAUAAGCAGAGUAAGGUGUUGGAGGUGGAAAAAGGUAGCAUUGUUCAUCGAUUGAUGUUUGAGUUGUAG